GUUAGAAAUGAAUAUUUUGAUUCAGGAAUUGAACAAAGUAUGUCUCAAAUGCAAACAAUUAUUGAAUUGGGUGGAAUCAUUCAUGAAAAAGAGAAUAUAAGUCUAAAGACACCAUCAAAAGAACUUAUUGUUGUACACUCAAAUACUCAAUAUUAUUCAGAUGUUUUAUCACUUGAAAAUUAUAUUUUUAAAAAUUGGAUAAUAAAAUUUAGAAGCAGAUUGGAAAGUUUUAGGUGCAAACUUAUAAAAGAUGUAGUGAAAGUUAAAAAUGCAUUGCCAAAAGCCAAAGAUAUUGUGGUUGAUAGUAUAAAAUUGGCUGGUUUACAACUUGUUGAUGUAUUACAAAUUCAUAACUGA